AAUGAAUUUAAGCUCGAUCGACCACCCAGUCACCCAGCCACCCAGUCACCAGAAAACGUAGACCUCUGGCAACCCAGACACCAUCCGACGAGAUCUCCCAUCACCCAGACACCAUCCGACAUAGAUCUCCCGUCACCCAGACACCUCGGACACCCAGUCACCCCUACACCCCGACAUCCACUACGAACCCAUCCGUACACCCAGCCACCCAACCACCCAGUCAUUCACCCACCCACACACCCUCGAGUACAUUUGCACUCGUCGCUACCCUCACCCCUAUUACCCUACCUCUCGAACUUAACAAAUUUAAUAUCGGUGAAAAACUCGUUUUUCGUUAAGGGGUUAAGUUUUUCUCUCAUAAUUAAAAAGCCAUCACCA